AUUCUUAGAAUUUUCUCUGCCACAUCAUGCCGCGUCCGUGUUUAACGGGUAUAAAUAGAGAGCGAGAUGAACUAUUCAAACACGAACAUUGGAAAGGGUUCACAUGAAAAGGUGUCAUUUGUAAACCAACGCUACCAAACUAAACCAUGAGUCGAUUGGCGAUAGCUGUGUUGUGUUUCGCCUGUAUUGUGUCGCUCUCGGAGCACGUGUCUGCACAGAACGUAUUCAGGCGCGGUUACAACUAUGCACGUGACUUCGCAGGGGGCGCACGAGACAUGUGGAGAUCAUACAGUGACAUGCGCAGAGCAAACACUAUAGGAGCAGACAAAUAUUUCCACGCACGAGGAAACUACGAGGCUGCACGGCGCGGCACCGGCGGACGUCAUGCUGCAACCCUCAUCAGUAACGCCCGAGAGUAUUGGCAGGGUGGAAGUGGUCGUGGGGCCGAAGAUUCUGCUGCCGACCAGGAAGCUAACCGGUGGGGCCGUCAUGGCGGGAACCCCAACCGUUACAGACCCAAGGGGCUUGAUGAGCGAUAUUAGACGAUGGGACGUACUGCUCCCGAGCUCAUCGAAUAAAAGAUAUUAUACUUGGCUCAGACGUACUUAAAGUGACACUCUUAUUCAAAAUCAAUACAUACACAUGUAUAACAAACAUAUAUUUUGAGUGAUAAAUCUUUAACUACUUACUAAAUAAUGCAUUUAUGGAAAAUAUUAAUUACUGAUAACAAGAAUGUAACCGUGUAUUUAAUAACUGAAAACCCAAAAUUAUUAAAUGAUUGGUGAAUGCUAAAAGAUUUACAGUGAUCUGCUGUAUUCUCAUAAGGCAGAAAUACCGUGUUUUCUGCACAUUUCUUUCAAAUUAAACACGGAAUUCUUCAUAAGAACCAUUGUUUUCGAUAUUUAUUCAUCCUUUCUGGUAUAUUUAAACAAAUGUAUUAACUGCGUUGAAUCUUAUUUGGGAGUAAUAGUGCAUCUUUAACAAUUGCGGAACAGUGUACUGUUAUCGAAAUUAAAUUGUCGCUGUUUGGGUUAAGAUCUCAUUAAAUAUCUUGAUGUUGGAUAGGUACCGGUUAGUACUUACAUACAGCAACAUUUUGGUUUUAAAUAUUAAGAUAAAUCAUUGUGUGACUUUUUGAACAUCUCUCUGUGUCAAUUCGUACAUGCAUUCAGUAUUGCAGUCCACACUGUUUACAGUUAUACAUGUAUAUUUACUGUAGAGAUUUUUUGUAUAUUACUUCAGAGGACAGUUGUUUAAAUUGUGCAAAUAUAGAAAGUUAUGCAAGUUUGUAAAAGAAAUAUUAAAUACGUUUUAACGCUGUCAUUACAUAUAAACAAACGUGCGAACAGCAAUAAGAGUUACUUUAAUCUUAUUAAUGAAUAUCACAUACGUUCGUUCAAAGCAGUGUUAAACAUAUGCCUCUCCCAUUAUCUUUUGCUUUGUAUGUGUACGUUGCAUUUUUUUUCUUUUAAAAUAACCUCGUUUCUUAUUAUGUAUUUUUGUGUCUUAUAUACUCAUGUAAUCAUGAACCGGGUUCUAUGAAAUAAACUUGUAAACUUGUAAACAAA